UUUCCCUGUGCUGCCACAAUACUGCACACACGUGACCUCCCUGUUUUCACCCAGUUAAACGCAUGUACUUAAAAGACAGGCCACUACCAUUCACCAACACAAGCACGACCAACACAAUAUUAAUGUCAGCAAGGUAAGAUCGCCGCUGCGGGGACUCGGAUCACUGGAAGGGGGGGACCAUGGCGGCUGCCACGAGCAGCAACACAUCCACAGCCACGCUUCAGAUAAAGCACCCCAGUAUCGAGCAUACGCGGAAACGCAUAGACCCGAGGAGGAGGCAAGCGGCGCUGUCUUUUCUCAGCAACAUUUCUCUAGAUGGGCGACCCGUGCAAGACGACGGAGACAAUCAAAACGAGGAGGAGGGGGGCUCGCUCGAACCUAGGACUAGACAGAGCCUGGUUUCCCCGGAGCGCUCGGCGUCCGGAUCCUCUUCCUCCUCCUCCGCCGCCGCCGCCGCUGCUGCUGCGGCUGCUGCUGCUGCUGCGGCGACCACGGCCGCCCAGGCGCUCGCUUUUGCAAACCAGGCUCUCCUCGCCAGCAGCCACCGGGCUAGUUUCGGGGCUGGUCCCGCCGCGACUGCCCCGGCGGGCACGGACGCGGAGGGUGACGCUUUCGUGUCCUCGACGUUCAGCUCGCCCUUUUCCGCGGUCCCAGCCUCGGCUAGAGGGAGGCUGCAGACGUACACUCAGGGAAUCCUUCCUGCCUCUUACUCCAGACAGUCCUCCCAGAACUACUGCCUGGAGGGCGGACAGAUAGCCAACUCUGCCAUAGAGCUACAGAGGUCAAGACGAAGACUCAUCUCUCAGCGCUCUUCGCUUGAAACGCUUGAGGACAUUGAGGAAAAUGCUCCUCUACGCAGAUGCCGAACCCUAUCAGGUUCACCCCGACCAAAGAGCUUCAAGAAAGUCCACUUCAUAAAGAACAUGAGGCAACAUGAUAUGCGCAAUGGAAGGAUAGUCCUUAUCAGUGGCAGAAGAUCCUUCUAUAGUGUAUUUUCUGUCCUGCCCUAUCGAGAUUGUAGCCAAGCAGGGGAUGUAAAGCUGGAAGGAGGGCGUCAGCGGCACCCGUCAGGAGGCGUCAGUGCCAAGGAGAUGGUGAUCGGGCUGGAGGGGGUGGAGUUAGGAGCAGAUGGAAAGACUGUAUCCUACACCCAAUUCCUGUAUCCUACUAAUGUGCUGGGAGGUCGAAGAAACACCAUCGACUCCACCUCUUCCUUCUCUCAAUCUCGUAACGCCAGCCACCGCAGCCUCAGUUUGGGCCGAGCCAACAGCAACCAGAGCAGCCUAGACGCAGGGAAUGAUUUGGGAGACUUUCGCGAGUAUGACCCCAAUCUGCUGGAUGACCCUCAGUGGCCCUGUGGAAAACACAAGAGAGUCCUCAUCUUCCCCUCCUACAUGACUACGGUCAUUGAAUACGUCAAACCCUCUGACCUCAAGAAGGACAUGAACGAAACCUUCAAGGAGAAGUUCCCCCACAUAAGGCUCACACUCAGCAAGAUAAGGAGCUUGAAAAGGGAGAUAAGGAAGCUGGCCCAGGACGAAUGUGGUUACGAGGAACCCACAGUGGCCAUGGCUUUCGUCUACUUUGAAAAACUUGUCCUUCAAGGCAAACUAAACAAGCAGAAUCGUAAACUCUGUGCCGGAGCUUGUGUACUUCUGGCGGCCAAGAUCGGUGGCGAUCUCAAGAAGCAUGAAGUCAAGCUCCUGAUAGACAAACUGGAGGAGCGGUUCAGAGUGAACCGCAGAGAGCUGAUAGCCUUCGAGUUCCCGGUCCUGGUGGCGCUGGAGUUCAACCUGCACCUGCCCGAACACGAGAUCAUGCCCCACUACAGACGCCUGCUGCAGACCUCCUAGCAUUAGUGACCCAUCAGGAGGACGACCGCCAGGCUCUCCUCCUGAUCUGCCUCCUGCGAUAUCCAUCCUCCCACCUCCUCUCCUCCCUCGUCGCCGUCGGACGACAGCUUCAUGGCGCCACGGGUUGCCACUCGACUGCAGCCAUUCAUCACUACAGACAACGUUCUCCUUCCUCUCAGAGACCUGGAAUCAGCCAAAGGGACACACAUUUUUAAACAAACUUUUCUCCAUUUUUUUUGGACUUCUACAUUCAUCAUUACUACAUGGACACGUGGAAGAAAAGGUUCAACCGUCUGCAAACAAGUUUUUCUAGUUUGCGUGUUUCACAUCUCUUCAUCUUCACUUUGUAUAUUUUAGACCUCUCUUGUUGCUUAAGAGAGCUUUUAUUGUUUGAAUCUGAUGGUGAUUUUUUUCUCUCUCAGUUAAAACAACCAAUGAUUGUAACAUUUUUUAUCAUCUCUUUUCAUUAAUCUCCUUCGUGUAAACUUUGGUAUGAUUGGUUGCCUCCUGACCUGCAUAAAAUUUAAACAAAAGCCUUUUAUGUGGCUGGUUUUGGACUGUUAAUCCUCAGAGUGACUCAUCUUUUCGCAAGUCAUCGUCUUUAAAAGUGCACUUUUUGAAUAUUGCAAGACGUGGGCGUUCCUUUUUUUUUCCAGGCUUUUAACGAGUUUGGGAACUAACCCUGAAAAAUAAGCUGCGUUCACAAGCACCACACACUUCAUUUGAAUGGACCAUUGAUUUGUUUUUUUCUCUCUUUUGUGUUUUAUUCACUAUUGUCUAGCCACAAACUCUCCGCAUGAAAAAGAAAUGAUUGUUUGUACACAGGUACUUGCAGACAAGAUGGGACUUCCUAUUUUCACUGAAGUAUUCCAUUCAUUUUCUACCAGUCAAAUGCUUGCCAUGGACUCACAGAGACCAGACCCACUUUUAUCAGUGUCGAAAUUUCUUGUGCUCUAUGUUAGAGUGUAUUGCUAGCACAUUUACAGUGCUAUAAUGGGGUCAAGAUGGUUGCUCUGAAGAGUUGUUAGUGAGUGCAAAAAUGCCAUUACCCAGUGAUAAGGAUUAGCAGCAGGGUGGCAGCAGGGUGCUCUAGUUUUGAGACAGAACGUCCUUUGCCUGGUGGAUGUGGGUUAAGACCCUGUGCCAGUAAUUGUCCUCCUGCUGAAGUGUCCUUGAGCAGGACACAGAAUCCCUUCAGGCUUAAGGGACACUGCUCUUUAGCCGACCCUGACGUCUGAGGAGGAGAAAAGUCUGAACGAGAUUCAAACAAGGAUCAAUAACAGCUCAAAUAUUUGCAUAUAACUUGAAUUAGCAUUUGUUGAUUUGAAAUCUAAGAUCUUUAAAAGUAAUAUUAAAAUACACAGUGCCAAUGUGACCAAUUGAAAAAGUAUUAUUCCAUUUAUUUGGCAUGUAUUACAACUUGAUUUACUUUUUUAUUACCUUGAAAUUGUCUCAUGCAAUACCACUGAGUAUUGAGAGGCCACCAAAACCAGGAACCUAUAGAAGGCCUACUUGAAAAUAGUAUUUAAUGCUGCUCCAAGUAUUGAUGUGAUGGUAUAUGAGUUGAAAUGAUCACAAGACUAAACCAAAUUUAAAUGAGGAAAAGCAUGGGUUUUUGCUGAUUUAAGGUGAAAAAACAUACUGAGCUUCUUUCUGUAUGCAAGCCCAAAGAUUUCGCUAGAUGCACACUAAGGAGAGACUCGUGGGUGACACUUACUACCUGUGUAUGUUUGUAAAUAAAUUGCUUUGCUUGUUCAAUCAAAA